AUGAAGUUCAUCGCUGUUGUCAUGUCGCUUUGCGUCUCCCUCGCCAGCGCGGGAGUGGUUAUCAUCCCCAUCAAGCCGGAGCAGGUCGUUCCCAAGGCGUCGGAGGAUUGUUACUUUGGGGUUGUAACGCCUAUGGGGUGCGGACCUCUCAGGAACAACUAG